AUGGACAUGAUUAGAGAUGGUCCAACGUGCAUGGAUCCGAAAAAAAAAGAGACAAAAAAAAAGCACAAAAUAAUAAGUAUAAAAUCUGCUAGUGAUGCUUCACAACAAUUUAUAAAGAGGCUAAAUUCAAAUAAGAAUUCUAUCUUAUCGGGUGUUAUUGUAUUUGGGUUGGAUUUAAAAUAUCUUGAAACACGCCGAGAUAGACAACUUGUUUCUUAG